CGGAUGAAAACGGAACAUGUAUGUGUUCAAGAAGAUGUCCAGAUAUGCAUCCUUCGUUGUCAAGAAAUUCGGUACGAUUUCAUGGUAACAGUUUUGAUGAAAAUGAUUAUGCAUAUCAUGAAUCGCCCCGAGGGGAAAACUAUCAUAUAUCUUAUAUCGAUAAACAACCAUGCGAUUCGGUACUUGGAACAGGUGCCGGCCACCACCACCAACUGCCCACCGCCAACUGCCUCCACCAACUGUCCACAGCCAACUGCCCCCAAAGAUCAAGACCCCCAAGACCUUCUUAUACUUUGGGAACUUGUCGGGACUCUUUUGGAACCGGAAGCUCUGGAAGGGGAACCUGCGAAAUGGAGUACGAAUGCAAGCCAUGUGAAGCUUUUGCCAAUAGAAAGUGCACUGAAGCAAUUACUCAAACAUCAAAAAUAAUAAUGACAAAAAGAAUUGAUGAAAAUUCAGCCAACUGUUCGUUCAAUCAGGCUCAAUGUCCCCUCGAUGAAAAUAGAUCCUAUCCAAUACCAUUAUCAAGUCGAAAGCAAACCAUCAAUAUAUCAGCAAAUCGUUUUAAUGAUGCCAAUUGUAUCAAAGACGAAUGCUGCGAAACGGGCUUGAAUGCCCAAUUAAAUGCAGUUGAAAUGAUUGGUUCAAACUUGUCAAGGCAGGAACAGAACUCAAAACAACAAACGAUUCUACGGGUAGUUAAAAGCAAUUCUAUGACAUUCCAAUCGGACAAAAAGCAAAUCAAUGUGGUGCGCAAAAAUUCUGUAGAAUUGGUUCAAAUGUCUUCUCCGCGUCCACCUUGCAAUCAAGAAUUACCUCCAUCAUUCCAGCCUUGCCAACAGGAAUUGCCUUCAUAUGCUCCUUGUCAACAGGAAUUGCCUUCUUCAUAUGCUCCUGUCAACAGGAACUACCUUCUUCUUAUGCUUCUUGUCAACAGGAAUUGCCUUCUUCGUAUGCUCCUUGUCAACAGGAAUUGCCUUCUUCAUAUGCUCCUUGUCAACAGGAAUUGCCUUCUUCAUAUUCUCUUGCAACAGGAAUUGCCUUCUUCAUAUUCUCCUUGCCAACAGGAAUUGCCUUCUUCAUAUGCUCCUUGCCAAAAGGAAUUGCCUUCUUCAUAUGCUCCUUGCCAAAAGGAAUUGCCUUCUUCAUAUGCUCCUUGCCAAAAGGAAUUGCCUUCUUCAUAUGCUCCUUGCCAACAGGAGUUGUCACCACCGAAUACGUCUUGUAAACCAAUAUUGCCAAAUUCGUGUCCGGCUUCUCAAAAACUGUUGCCAAAGGUAUGCCAUCAACAUAAUAGUCUUCAGUGUAAUGAAACUCUGUUGAAUCAGGACGCUAAAGACUGUCCAUCUGUCACUACCAGCCUAUGCGAGUGCAGCCAGGAAGAGUCGCAACAUUGCAAACGUACAACUCGGAAUCCUCGUAAAAGAACCCGAAGGUCAAGCAGAAUUCGGGAUCGGUCUACUAGUCAAAGGAAUGAUGUAAAUAAGGAAACUACAAUCAAUCAAAGGAGAUCACAAUCAUAUGAAAACAGUUAUUACAAAAGAUCCGAUUCACUGGAGGACCAAUGCGAUGUUAUUAAAAUACUGUCUAUACUUCAACAAACUGUGGCUGGCUUGCAAAAAGAAAUUAAGAAGGGUAAGGGAUAUGAGAGUAGCAGGAGUUCAGGGAAUGCAUGUGAACCAAAAUGGAAAAAACAACCUCCCUGUGCACCAAAUAAUACAAAUUUAGCUCAAGAGCCAUGUUCGAGUAAACCUUGUACACCAGAAUUGUCUCCCUUAAGUCCACCUUGCAAACCAGAAUUGCCUCCCCCGAUAUCACCACCUUGCAAACCAGAAUCGCCUCCCUCGAUACCAUCACCUUGCAAACCAGAAUUGUUGCUCUCUAUUCCUCCUUGUCAAAAGGAAUUUCCUCCUUUGAGUACUCCUUGCCAACUAGAAGUGCCUCCUUUGCCUCCUGCACCAUGCCAACCAGAAUUAUCUCCCUUGAUUCCACCUUGCCAAAAGAAUUGCCUUCUAUGAGUCUGCCAUGCCAACAAGGAUUGUCUCGACCGAGUCCCCCCUGCCAACCAAGAUCGACUCCUUUGAAUUCGCCUUUCCCACCAGGCUGGACUUUGUAUCAACCACAUAAUUACCAUCGUCCUGGUUGUCGCUAUUCAAAUCGAUAUUCCCAUUCACCUAAUGGCAAUUUUGGAAGACCAAUCAACCCAUACCAUGCCAAUAAUCCUUAUAAAUAUGGAAUGAAUACAACCAAUAUAUAUCAAGAUAGGAAGGGAAUGCCUUUAGGUUAUAACUGGAACCAAAAUAAUCCGGCAAAUAUAAAACUAUCAUAUAGAAAUGCUGCAGAUAUAGCUAGAGCAUAUAACAGAAUGGAUCAGACUUACCCAGCUAAUAUGAUCGACCGGAAAGUUCCAAUGCAUCCAUACAAUGAGCCAACUUAUUCUACACCUUUUCCAAAGAACCGAUCAAUAAAUGAUCCGGAAGGAAAAAGCAUAUUUCCCAAUUCAGAUUGGUAUGGAAAUAAUCACCGAUCAAAAGUUUGUCCAGUUAAUGCCUUGGCCAGGACGCAAAUGGCAGAACAACGAUAUGCAAAAUGUUCAUUGGAUGCAAUGCAAUUGGCAAAUCAGGAUCCAAACAAUCGUUGCAGAGUUACUUUCCAAAAACAUUUAUCUUCGCGAUCUAAAAGAGUUCAGACCCAUCAAACUGAAAAUGGCUUUCAAUAUGGCAAUGUACAACGUUUUUAUGCAGAUGUGAAGACUGGCAUGGGAAAUAUAAACCAUAAGCUACCUUGCAAAAUUCCACAAAAUGCCGAUCAUUUAAGAAAAGAAGCACAUUGCUUUUCUUCAAACUUUACUAAAAAAUUAGUACCUGGUGAAUUUCAAGAAAAAAGUACAAGUUGUGCUCAAACAGUCUCAAGAAAUAUAAAAGAAAUCGAUUUAGAAGUCUGUGAAAAUCAAAACUGUUCCGAUAGAUUUACAAGAAAUAGAGAAGACAAUGAUUCAGAGGUCUGUGAAAAUCCGAACUGUUCCGAUAGAUUCCAAAGAAACAUAAAAGAAAUCGAUUUAGAAGUCUGUGAAAAUCCAAACUGUCCAAAUAGAAACCCAAGAAAUAGAGAAGACAUCGAUUCAGAAGUCUGUGAAAAUCCAAAUUGUCCUUAUAAAUUCCAAAGAAAUAGAUUGGGAAUCGGUUCGGAAGUCUGUGAAAAUUCAAAUGGUUCAUACAGAUUCCCAAAGAAUUGCGAAACCAUCGAUACGGCAGUUUGUGAUGAUCUAAGUUGCCCAUAUAGAUUUACAAGAAAUAGAGAAUCCAUCGAUUCGGAAGUCUGUGACAAUCCAAAUUGUCCUUAUAGAUUCCCAAGAAAUAGGGAAUCAUUUGAUUCGGAAGUCUGUGAAAACCCAAAUUGUCCAUAUAGAUACCCAAGCAAUAGAGAAGCCAUCUCUUCGGAAGCCUGCGGAAAUCAAAAUUGUCCAUAUAGAUUCCCAAGAAAUAGAGAAAGCAUCGAUACAGAGGUUUGCGAAAAUCCAAACUGUCCAUAUAGAAUCUCAAGAAAUAUGAAUGAAAUCGAUUCGGAAGUUUGUGGAAGCGCAAAUUGUCCAUACAGAUUCGCUAGAAAUAGAGAAGACUUCGAUACAGAAGCUUGUGAAAAUCCAAACUGUCCAUAUAGAAUCUCAAGAAAUAUGAAAGAAAUUGAUUCGGAAGUUUGUGGAAACGCAAAUUGUCCAUAUAGAUGCCCAAAAAAUAGAGAAUCAAUAGAUACAGAAGUUUGCGAAAAUCCAAACUGUCCAUAUAGAUUCCAAAGAAAUAGAUUGGAAAUAGAUUCGGAAGUCUGUGAAAAUCCCAACUGUGCAGAUAGAUUAAAGAGAGUACCAAAUAAAUCGAUUAUAUGUGAUAAUCCACAAUGUCCAGGAAAAUUAAAAAGAGCCUGUGCCAUACCAUACCAAGAAAUUUCCGGUUCCGCAUUAUGCGAGAAUUCUCUGUCCCGAUGUGACGAAUCAAGCAGUAUUGAAUCAUGUCUGAAUCCCCAUUGCACAGUAAAUAAAAAUAACCUAUGGCUGAGUGGUGGAUUCGAACCUUUUGAAUCAAAUAUUGUUGGUAGUCAGUUUAAAACUGAAGAAAAUAUAUUCAAGGAAGUUCCUAAGGAUUCAUGCCACGAAGACCUUGCUAGACGCCAAAGGGUUAACUUUACAGAUAUAACAAAUAAAAUAAACCGUCAAGACAGUGGCAAAUCAGAUAAGUUUGGUGACGAUUCAAAAGAGAUAAAGUCCUCGAGCAAAAAAUGGUAUCAUCGAUAUGUACCCUUUGAUACAAUUGCAAUUAAUAACGCCUCUGGAAUACAGCAACAAAAUUGUACUAGAAACAGACCUAAUCCAUAUCUGAUGCCGGAUCCUCUUCUUAAUAGCUAUGAAAAACAUAUUUUGAAUAAUUAUGAAAAAGAUAAGAUAGAAAAAUGUAAAGCUCGGGAAUCGGUUAAAGUUUGCCCUCCUGUUCGUAGAUCCAAAAAUCUGAAAAGUCAAAAGGAUAAUUGCAAGUAUCCCAAAAAAAUUUCACAAUCUUACUCGAGGCAAAAUGGCGGUAGAAGAUCAUGCCAUUCCCAACGCCAAUCCUAUGAGUACUCCGAUUGCGAUUCUAUAUCCAUAUUAUCAGACUGCAGUUGCAGGAACACCAUUUGCCAAGGUAAUCUAAGACCCAUCCACUCAACGUACAGUGGAUUCCUUUGUUGUAAACAAACGAUAAGACCUUGUUGUCAGCGGGAACAGCCUACGAUUAUUUGUUACACCCAAAUAACAGACUGCAGUUGCCAGGAUGAUCUAAGAUCUAUCUACUCAACGUCCAGUGGAUACCUUUGUUGUAAACAAAAGGAAAGACCUCGUUGUCAGUGGGAACAACCUGAGAUUAUUUGUUGCAGCCAUAUAUCAGAUAAAGAGAGGCGUAGAAAUGCUGAAAGAACUACAUCAAAAUCGAGUAUAUUUGCCUGUUUUAAGAAGAAACAAAAACCUCCUCCUCCAAAAAAGUCGGAGACUUACUACAAAUCCACCAAUAAAUCGAAAAAGGAGAGACGGAGAAAUGGUGAAAAAUCUACAUCAAAAUCUAGUAUAUUUGCCUGCUUUAAGAAGAAAGAAAAGAGUCCUGACCAAAAAGAGAAAAAGAAAGGCGUAAAAAUGAUGAAAAAACUUCAUCAAAAAUUAGUGAAUUUUUCAGUUGUAAGAAGAAAGAACAGCCACCAUGUGAAGAGAGUUAUUUAAAAGGAGGAAAACGCAGAAAUGUUCAACAAGAAAAUGAUUUACAAAGUCAAAAAACUAAAUCAAAAUCAAGUGGACUUCUCUGUUUUAAGAAGACAGAAAAACAUCCUUCC